UACCAAAAAUAUAUUUUAUAAUGCUUGAAAGAACAUUUGUAAAAAACUUUCAAAUAUCAAAUAAUAAAUAUAGCAAGUUUCAAUUUGUAGCUUUUAUAUUUCUUUCACAAAAUAAUUCUAAAAAAUGGAUGUAAAAAAUGAUAGUAAAAACGAGAAUACUCUAUUUAAUCUUGUAUCUUUUGUAAAAUUGUCUUCUGAAAAAUUCGAAACAAAAUCAAUCAUAUUUAGUAACAAUAAUUUGGUAACAAUAAAAAAUUAAUGAAUUCUUGUCUAUCAUUGUAUUUGAAUUUCAUUUUUCUUUACAUACACAUACACACACGCACAUACGUACACAGACACAUAGCUCUCUUGCUAUAAAAUAUAAAUUAUAUUAAUAAAUUUGCUAAUUACUAAAUUUUCAGUCUUGUCGUAUGUAAGCAUGGUGGGAUAUUGCAUAUGGCUGUGCAUACCAGAAAUUCUCAAUAUUAUAAUGCCCAUGAACGAAUCUCGUCCGCCGAGGCAACCCUUUGCAGCUGAAUUCUUUAUAGAUGAGGAACGAUACUUUUUCCUCAUUCGUUCCCACUUGUACUUAGUACUUCUAACUUUACCUAUAGUUCUCCUCUCGGGUUUCACUAUAUUUGUGACUCUCGCACAACACGUUUGCGGGAUGUGCCAGGUAUUGGGGUCUCGCGCGGAAUGCUUAUUUUCCGUUGUAGAAGACAGAACGGGAUGCGAUUUAAUUAAGAAAUCACAAAUAAGAAACGAGAACAUGACCAUUUUUAUACAGCAGCAUUACAACAUUAUACAGUUCGUAUCUUUAUUUAAUACACGCAAUAUCUAACGUUUACGAUGCAAUUUUGUUUUUCACAAGUAAUGAAUCAGUUGUAUUUGAUCCCUAGAAAAAUUAAAAAGUAACAAUGAUGGAGCAACAAUGCUCCUUCCGCGCGUCACUUUAUACGAUUCCAAUUUCACAAAAGAUGUAUUAUUAAAUUAAAUACUAUAAAUAUAUAUAGUGUCACAUAAAUCCAACAUACAAAUAUAGAUAUUAAUAAAUAUUUCUCUUAUCCUAUCUUUAAAUAUAAAUCCACAGAUUUAUAUUUGCAUUGAUCAUAAUACUACAGACAUCUACGCAUUUUAUUAUUGCCAGCUAUUUUAUUAUUGUUAUUUCUCUUUAAUAAAAAUAAUCUUAUGAUUACAAAAUUCAGCAUUGAAUUCCCAACAGUAACCUAAGUUAAUAUAAGGUACCCAAGCCGAAUAAGGCCCAUCUAACAUAUUUUAUUUUUUAUAAAUUCUAUUUACAAAGACAU